UCCCUGAGAUGGGGAAGAUCGUGACUGACAACCUCACCUAUUGCAGGACUGUCAAGGCAAUCGGGAUGCGCAGUGAGAUCAGUGAGGCAAAUCUGUCGAAAAUACUGCCGGAAGAGGUGGAGGAAGAGGUUCGACAGGCUGCCGAGAUCUCCAUGGGCACAGAGGUGUCCGAAGAGGACAUAGAGAACAUAGUAUUCCUGUGUGACCAGGUCAUUGAGAUAUCAGACUACAGAGCUCAGCUAUAUGACUACCUCAAAACCAGGAUGAUGGCCAUAGCACCGAACCUGACUACAAUGGUGGGUGAGCUGGUUGGAGCAAGACUGAUAGCCCACGCUGGGUCCCUCCUCAACCUCGCAAAACACCCUUCCUCCACCGUACAGAUACUGGGAGCUGAAAAGGCUCUCUUCAGAGCCCUCAAGACUAAACACGACACACCAAAGUACGGCCUCAUCUACCACGCCUCCCUGGUCGGACAGGCGGCUCCCAAGAACAAGGGCAAGAUCAGUCGGAUGUUGGCGGCUAAGGCCUCCCUGUGUGUCCGUGUGGAUGCCCUGGGAGAUGAGGCGGAGCCAUUGAUGGGGAUUGCCAGUCGGGCCAUGGUGGAGGCGAGGGUGAGGCAGUGUGAGCAGGGCCAGCUGCGGAGGGUCAGUGGGACGGGGAAGGCCAGGGCCCAGGCUGAGAAGUACACUCCAAAGAGUACACCCAAGCAGUACAACGAGGCAGCAGACUUUACUCUCUCUGGAAAGAAGAGGAAACGAAGCAAGUCAGAGGGAGACCCUGGGGUAACGAAGACUGAGGGAGAGGAGGGAGUCACAUCGGGGAAGAAACGGAAGCGAGCCGAGAGCGAGGCAGUGGGGGAGGGUGGGGGAGAGGAGGAGAAGGUAGUUACACCCUCUGGAAAGAAACGCAAACGAGAAGUGGGUGAGGGAGGGGAGGAGGAGGCUGGAGAGGGAGAGGGAGAGGAAGGAGAAGGGGAAGACAAAACUCCAUCAAAGAAGCGGAAGAAGGAAAAGAAGAAGAUGAAAAAGGAGCGGGAUUUUGACUUUGGCCAGGGCGAAGAGGAUGUUGCUGAGACUCCAGUGAAGACAGAACCUGAAGAGACAGAGACACCGGUGAAGUCAGAGAAGAAAAAGAAGAAAAAGAAAGCCAAGCAGGAGUCUGAAUGACCACAACAAUCACAACUAUGAUUGCAUUUUUCUUGUGCCAUAACAGUAAUUUUGUACAUGUAUACAUACAUAUAAUAUGA